AUGAUACGAUGUUGCCUGUUUCGUUUGAUAUACGAGAUGCAACAACACGGGACAAACGUUGCAAACGUUGAUGGUCAAGGUCUUUGCGAGCGACACGUGGACCAAAUGCUGCGAUAUACGGAAAGAGACAAGACACCUGAAACUGCGAAUGACGUAUGUUGUGCAUCAGCAUUUCACCUGAAGUAUGCGAUUGCCAUCUCCCCUGCACCUUUCCCCGUUGGUAUGCCGGAUAAUAACAAUAACGCUUCGCCAGACGGCACAGCAUCCACGAAUACGCAUUCUAAUGUCGAGACUUCUUCACGGGAAGGCAGUGAGACAACUUUAAUGAGAGUAGAGGCGGUGGUGGCAGAUCGGCAGAGUGUCUCGGCGGAGGGGAUUAUCCUUCGACAGGAUGGUGGGGAGCAACCAGAGUCUGCUUCUGUUGCAACUAAACCCGGUCCUUCCCCGUCACAUGGCGAUACCGAACAAAGCAUCCCUCGCUGCCGUUAUAAUGAAAAAGAAAAUUGUAAAAUUAUAAAUUACUUUUGUGUUAUUAGUUUCUCAAAUGAAUGCGGAAGGGAUGAGUUAUAUGCGCACAGCACUGUUGAAUUAACCAAAUCAAAUAUACGUCUUACUGACAGUCAAGAAAGGACAUGGCGAGAAAAAUCGAAGCGUGUGUUGAAGGACAUCAAGUAUUGUAUACGCGAAAUAACAGUUGAGCCAUGUUUGUUUACUUUCAUGUUGUGUACAGCCUUGUCGUCACUUGCUGUACAAAAUAUGCAUUUGGAGAAAUCAUGCAGAGUUAAUUUACAAUACAGCGAUGAGAUAUGCGAUCGCAUCAGAGAUCGGAACACUACGGGUCUCGAAAAGGAAUUAAAUAAUGUUCAGUCAUCGGUGGCUAAAGUAGUGGCCUGGAAAUUCCCUUUACAAACAGCAAUACCCGCUAUAAUGGUACUUUUUAUUGGAGCAUGGAGUGAUAAAACCAAAAAACGAAAAAUAUGCAUAUUAUUUCCUUUCACCGGAGAGAUUAUUGCCAAUAUUGGCCUUUUAUUUGCUACAUAUUACUUCAAUGAGUUAUCAUUAACAGCGACAGCGUUAAUUGAAGCAUUACCGGCUGCGUUCACUGGCAGCUACAUCAUUAUUUUCAUGGGCAUGUACAGUUUCAUGGCUGAUAGAACAACAAUCGAAAACAGGACAUUUCGAUUAGGUGUGGUUACAAUAUGUGUUAGCUUGGGAACUCCUACGGGAACAGCACUGAGUGGGAUUUUACUGAGAGUAUUGGGUUAUUAUGGAGAAAACUACAAUGCUAUUAGUGAUUACAGUGGCAAUAAUAAAUUUAAGGAAAAGUUAAAGGAAAUUUUUAAACUCGUAGCAGAAACGGCUAUGGUAGCUGUUAGACCUCGAGCAUUUGGUUUGAGAACGCAAAUAUUUUCAGUAAUUUUGCUGUAUAUUAUCAUGGUGGGGCCUCUGUAUGGUGACUCGCAAGUCAGUUAUUUAUAUGCGAUACGAAAAUUCAACUUAAGCGAAGUGGAAUUCAGUAUUUAUGGUGCUAUUAACACUAUUUUGGGUUUGAUAGGAACUUUCUUCUGCAUAACAGUUUUAAGUAAAAAACUGGACGUCCAAGAUAGUAUAAUUGGAGUUUUGGCUGGUGUCAGCAGAAUAGCAGCAUGUAUGGUCUUCGCCUUUGCUCCUAAUAGAGAGUGGUAUUAUCUAGCGCCACUUUUUAACAUAUUCAGUCACACUGGGUUGACUGCUGUAAGAGCUAUUGCUACGAAAAGUGUUCCUACGGAGGAAGUUGCCAAAUUAAGCUCAUUAAUGGGUGUCACAGAAGCUAUAGCACCCUCUAUAUACAUGCCUACAUCGAGUUUCAUUUACGUUUCAACUAUAGAGACCUUCCCUGGCGCAUUUUAUAUGUUCGAUGCAGCCCUCACGGUAUUUGCAUUGGGAUUGUUCACAUUAAUUUACAUUUUGGUAAAGCGAAGGAAGGAAGUAACUGUUACAAAUCCUGGCCGAAAAGAAGAAUUUGCGAGAACGAAUGAAGUUUCGAACUUUUGA